AUGUAUGUUCCUUAUAUGCUUCACCUUUGUUUCAGGGAUCUAUCCCAUCUGGGCCAAAAAAAAAAUAACUCGAUAUACCGAAAUUUCAUAAAAGAUAAAAUCCACCACCAAUCUAUUCAUUCAUUCAUCAAUCCCUAUUCCAAACAAACAAACAAACAACAAUUAAACAAAAAAGAAUAUACAAUAAUGAGUUGGGAAGGUUUCAAAAAGGCAAUAAAUAGAGCCGGUAAUAGCGUCAUAGUGAAGAAUGUAGACAAGACAAUAGAUAAAGAAUACGAUAUGGAAGAAAGACGUUAUCGUGUCUUACAAAAGGCAGGUGAUGCAUUACAGAAGGAGGCAAAGGGGUUUCUGGACUCCCUGAGAGCAGUCACUGCUUCUCAAGUGACCAUUGCUGAGGUCAUUUCUAAUUUGUAUGAUGAUUCCAAGUAUGUUAGUGGUGGUGGGUAUAAUGUUGGUAAUUAUUAUUUACAAUGUGUACAGGAUUUCGAUUCUGAGACUGUGAAACAAUUGGAUGGUCCAUUUAGAGAAACUGUGUUGGAUCCUGUGACUAAGUUUUCAAGUUACUUUAAAGAAAUUGAUGAAGCUAUUAAGAAGAGAGCUCAUAAGAAACAAGAUUAUGAUGCGGCAAAGGCAAAAGUGAGAAGAAUGAUUGAUAAACCUGCUAAGGAUGCUUCCAAGUUACCAAGGGCUGAGAAGGAAUUGGGGUUAUCGAAGGAUAUCUUUGAACAAUUAAAUAAUCAAUUGAAGAUGGAAUUACCACAAUUGGUUUCAUUAAGAGUACCUUAUUACGAUCCUAGUUUUGAAGCUUUAAUUAAAAUUCAAUUGAGAUUUUGUACUGAUGGGUACACGAGAUUGGCCCAAAUUCAACAAUAUUUGGAUCAACAAUCAAGAGAUGAUUAUGCUAAUGGGUUAUUGGAUGAUAAGAUUACUGAUUUGUUACAACAAAUGUCCACAUUAGAUAUUUGUGCAUUGGGUUUCAAAUAG